AUGGAUUUUACAGAAAAUUCUAACAAUUCGACGAUGAUAACAUCGAGAGAAAAAAUAAAUAAUUGUUUGUUAAGCUGCAAAUUAGAAAAAAAUACAUUUUUACCUGUUGGUGUUGAAAUAGCUGAAGAUAUAUUUGGUUAUUUGGAUGUGGAAGAUUUGAUCUCUGUAAGUUUAACCUAUAAGCCAGUGUCAAAAUUUGUUUCAGAAUCGGUAAAGUUAUGGCAAGAAAUAUAUCAACGUAUAUCAUCAGAACAUGUUAAUAUGAUAAUGAAACCUAUAGUAAUGGUACAGGCAAUGAUUUCACCAAAUUCAUCUCAAGCUAUUAUAUGGAAACGUCAAGUAUUUGAAAAAUUGAAGUAUAGACCAUAUUAUGUAUUAUACUCGUAUCUUGAUGAAUCAGAUGAUUUUACUUUGUUGUUUCUUGGUGCUUCACACGAUUUCGAUACUUUAGUUUUAGAAGCAGAGGAAUAUACUAGACAAUAUGACGAUGACGAUAUUGUCUCAAUUCACCCGAGCAGACCACCUAAACAUAUUAAUCAUGAAGGACAAUUAUAUGAUAAAUUACAAGUUGGAUAUGACCGAGAUUGGCGCGUAGCCAUUGAAACUGUAAAUACAUUACUUGAUCAUCCGUUACGAUUAAGGAACGCAGAUAAAAUUUUGAUUGUUUACAAAUAUUCUGAUGUAGAAAAAGAUUUCGAAUUUGAAUUCUUGAAAAUAUACGAUGAUGAAAGUGAUGCGAUAAAAUUCGCAAAGUCUUUAUCAAAUCCAGAUAAUGAAUCAUCAGAGGCAAAAAAUUUUGAUCAUCGUGGUGAAAUUUUUGAUCGUGAAGAUGUAUCAAAUAAAAACUUUAGAAUUGCUGUUGAUUGUGUGAAAUUUUGGGGAAAAGUGCAUACAGAAAAACAGUUAUUUAGUGCUACUAUGUAUUUUGAAAGCGAAGAUGAAGAUCUAAAUGAGGAAAGCAUGGAUAUUGAUGACAUUAUGGAAGAUGACGAAUCGAAUAGUCCUAUUGAAAGAUGGAAACAACGAGGCUAUUUCGAUAAAUCUUCAUAA